AUGGCACCUUGCGUUGCUAACGUUGGUUCCGCCGCUCGCGCGGGCGCGGCUCGCCAAGAAGCAGAAGAAGACGACGUCGUCGACACCGUCGAAGAAAUGUAUGGGCGCGCGGUUCGUGAGUAUGAGGGACUGGGCACCUCUCGCAUCUCCUCCGAGGCUACGAGCAGCGCUGCCCACAACCUCCCUGUUAGCCCGCCCACCCUUUCCGUCCCUCCUCUCUCUGGGGACACCGUCGCGUCAGCCCAGGCGACGCAGCCCAACUCUUUCGUCUCGGGUGCUCACGCGCCCGCAGCUCUUCCCUCGCUGGGUAGAGGACACGCUCUGACGUCCUCCUCGGGCCUCGCGCAUGGUAGUGGCCUCGCGGCUGCUUACGCCACCUCUGCGGCCGUCCCGCCGCAGGAAGAGUCAGGCAUGGAGACAUGGAGGCGGUCACGAGUUGAGUUCGGGGUUGGCGGCGACUGGGGGUUGGAGAUAAUGGAGGGUGGAACGGCGCAUGUCGUCCAGCACGUAUGCGGGCCGCAGGCGAGCGUGGUGUAUGUGCUUGAUCGUAGCCAACAGGGUCAGGCAGAAGAAGGUUACGAAGAAGGAGAGGAAGAGGAUGAUAGCGAGAGGGGCAGGGAUGUUGGCGUUGCUCUCACCAGCGUCGACGAUGAGGUUGAGUUUGAUGAUGACGAGAGCAUGGGGGACCAGGCUACCGAGGAAGCGACCGCGCAAGUGGCUCGCGACCAACGUAGGAAUCGACGCCUCGGGCGGGCCCAUUUUACUUCCGAGGAGAUUCAGUCCUUCCUCUCGCCCCCCGAUCUCACACCUGAGGCCGCGGAGGCACCCUCCAAUUCUCCUCCUCCCUCGCUCCCUGCUCCGUCUGCCACUGGCGCUCCGGCUUCGGUGGCAGCUCCCAUUGUCCCAAGCUUGGGUUCACCGUUGACUUCGGCUGACUCCCAGGGCUUCCUUGCGGCCGCUCAUCCGAGGGUUCCACCUGUGAGCCACGCUCCUGGUGUCGGCCCCUACCACAUCAGCGAGCACGCUGCUCCAAUCCGGGCAGUGGGUAAUCAGGGGCUAGAAACAGUCCCGUAUCAAUCCGAUGCGGGUCACCGUGCCGCCCUUUCUGACGACGAGGUGCCCCAGGUGCCUCGUCUGGUAGGAAGGUCCGGAUUCGGAUUACCCAGACACUUCACGUCGGGCAACUUCUUUGAUCCUGCCGCUCGUAGUGGGCGUACGGAUAAGGGAAGACCUUCGAGUCUUCCGGACGUCGACGUGAGCGAAGAUGGGGGAAAGGGUGGUAAAGGGAAGAAGGAUGUAGUGAAGAAGUCUCAGAGAUUUUGGCCUUCUUUUACGGGACGGAAGGGUGGGAAAGGAAAGAAGAAGAAGGACAGGGACAAUGAGGCUGGAUGA